AUGGAAGCUGAUGCCAUUGCUGGUGGGUUUAAACAAAGUGUAGAACAGCACGGACUCAAAUAUAAUAAACUAAUAGGAGAUGGAGAUUCAAGCGUUUCAAAAAGGCUUGCUGAAAUCAUGCCUUAUGGUUGUAGACUGCUUGUAAAAAAAAUAGAAUGUCGGAAUCAUUUAUUGCGAAAUUAUGGUACAAUAUUAACAGCAAUGACAAUAAAUAAAAAAUAUCCAAUUCCACUAAGAAACCAUAUAAGGGCAAAUAUUUUACGUUUUAGAUAUGCCAUAACUAAGGCAAUUGAAUAUCGUAAUAGUUUACAGAGGCAAUCAGAUUACGAAAGAGAAGUUGGAUUACGGAAAGAUAUAAAUAAUAGUUUUCGUCACAUUUUGGGUAGUCAUGAUCGAUGUGAGAAAUAUUUUUGCAAAAAUUCGUACAAUUCUCGAGUUGAAGCUGCAGUAAUAUCGUACAAUUCAAAUGGACAAUUUCUUCGUUUAUUACACAAAAAUAUUGUAAAUGAUAUAAGCCCAGGUAUUAUAGGAAAGAAAUUCAUAACAUCGACUGAAAAAAAAAGAGUAGAUGAACAUUAUGGUUUGGCCGAACCACUACCUGUGGAAGAAAAUAUGUCUAAAGAAACAUUACAAAAAUUAAAAGAAGAUUUUAUCAGUUCUUUGCGAUUAGAUAGAAGUGGUCGUUUAAAUAUUGAAACACUAACUAGACAACAGGCUAACUCUCAAAUUUGGCAUUCUGAACGAAGAAAUAGACUUACAACAUCAAAUUUUGGUCGUGUUGCAACUUAUUAUGGUAAAGCCACCGAACCAGAAGCUAUUGUUGCGUUGGAAAACAUAUUAAAAUUCAAAGUCAAUCCAUGUAGACUUAUCAUUGAUGAACAUUUUCCUUACUUAGCAACAACUCCAGAUGGUAUAAUUGAUGAUGAUUUCGUAGUUGAAAUCAAAUGUCCAUUUGCAGUCAGAGAUUCAAUUACAUUUUUGGAAGCGAUAAACUGUAAAAAACUAUUAUUUUGUCGUCUCAAUGACAAUGGAGCGAUGGAAUUAAAAAUUGAUCAUCAUUAUUAUUAUCAAGUCCAGGGACAAAUGCACAUUUCUAAACGAAAAUUCUGUUAUUUCGUCGUCCACUCAAAAAAUUGGACGGACAUACAAUUAAUAAAUUACGAUGAAUCUUUCUGGGACAACAAAAUGAUUGACAAGUUAAAAAUGUAA